ACAAACUGAAUGCUUCCAUCUUCGCUCUAGUUUUCAAUCUUCAAGCAGAACUAACACAAAAACCACACUCGUCAACAGCACGUUGGUGUCUCAAUCCUGUCAAGAUGGCGCCAUCCCCACAAACAAUAGGCGAAUUCAGCGUCCUCCCGAUCUCGAUCCCUCCCGUUCCGUCAUUUCCUCGCAAUGUCGUCCACUACCUCUAUGUCCGACGAAACGCUCCCAAGAUUCCCACAGCCAACGACUCCAGGAGUCUCUUCCUCGCAAAUGUCCCCGUCGACAGCACAGAACUACACCUUCGCGCUCUUUUCGCAUCACUAGUCGGCGCCGGCCGCUUCGAGAGCGCUUCGUUCGAGGAUGAGAGGAAGGAGGCCGAGGCCAUUGCCGCCGCCCUAGACGCCGCACCCGCACAGGCGGUACGAUUACUGGCUGCCCACGGAAAGAAGAGGAAACGCGAGGAUCAAGAGGCUGCCGAGAGAGCCGAGGAAGAAGCUGCUGCCCGACUCCCCAGCACAUGGACCCGACCACUACGAAAGAGCGGCAGCACUGCUGUCGUGCUGCUCGCCGAUGAGAAGAGCGUCCACCAGGUUCUGAAGGCGAUUGCAAAGGUUCACAAAUCCAAGAAAUAUCCCACAUGGGGCGGCGAAGGAAAUGUCGUGGCCGAGCGCGUACCACAGCUGGGCUCUAUCUGGCUUAAGGCGCACAACCAGCUUUCCUACCCCGAUCGGGAUCAGCUACAAGCCGCCGUGGAUGCAUUCUCUACCAUGUUUGCCAGGAGAGAGAGGGAAGCGGCCGAGAUUGCCAAGAGACUGCGCAACGAGCCGGACGAGGACGGUUUCGUCACGGUAACACGCGGUGGAAGAAGCGCCCCGGCCACCAGGAACGAGGCCGAGGAGGCCAAGAAGAAGAUGAUCGAGAAGGCGGAGAAAAAGAAGCAGGAGAUGACGGACUUCUACAGGUUCCAGAUGAGAGAGCGCAAGAAGGCCGAGCAGGAGGAGCUGGUGAAGCGGUUCGAGGAAGAUAGGCAGAAGCUGGAUGCCAUGCGCCAGAAGCGCGGCAAGUUUGUUCCCGAAGCAUGAACGGCAUAACGUUCAACCAGGCUUUGUUACCUCUUGCGACUCCAGCAAUCCAAAGCUACAGUUUUCUUGGGCGACUCCAAGUUUUGCGACCGAGCAAUUUUUUUAGGUAGCACGACACUACACAACAGGCCUGCUGGAGAGAGGGUCCGGUGUGAACUUGCGCGCGCAAGACCAUGCGAGUCUCUCCAAACGUACCAUUAUGCCUAGGAACUUCUUGGCGUCAAUUGCAUGGCAUACUCAUUCCGCUUUCGCCGUCGUCAUGGUGAUACAAUCUUGGAAGACCAUAUAUCCAAAAAUCACGAAGCAAGGUGACAAUUCUGGUGCGGUCAACUGGCCUUCAUCGGCGGCCCUAUAGCAGAAACCACAACGAUAACUUUGAAUUGUUUGAAAAGGGUUCGGAGGAGGUUUUUUUGUACAGCGGAAUAGAGGACGGAAAAAGAGGCAACGGAGUUCAGGAGUUCAAAAGGAUUGGAAAAAGCCACUCCCAAUAUUUGCGAGGCUGGCAAUUGUACAUACUUACAUAUAUUUGCAUCUUGUCGGAGUCGAAUGGAAGGCGGAGACGGGAUCAUCUGUCAAUCGUAUCCUGCUGACGGCCUGCAGCCCCCCAAUGCAGAUGUCGGAUCAUCACUAUGCCAAGGAGGGUGGAGGAGGAAAACAGAGAAGAGGCGGAUCAGGGGUCCAACAACCAUUCAGAAGAGCUUGUACGCAGGCGGGGGUUAGGGUUUUAGCCUGUACUUGUAUGUUG